AGUGAGGAAGCGGCGGGCUGUCACACCAACUUUGCGGGCAGCAUGGCAGCCGUAGGUUCGGGAACUUGACAAAAUGGCUUGCGCAGCAGACAGCUGCAUACAGUUCACACGCCAUGCAAGUGAUGUUCUGCUCAACCUGAAUCGGCUUCGCAGCAGAGACAUCCUGACAGAUGUCACUAUCCUGGUGAACAGACAGCAGUUUCGUGCACAUAAGACCGUUCUCAUGGCUUGCAGUGGGCUGUUUUACACUAUCUUUACUGACUCCCACAAGUGCAACCUUAAUGCUAUCAGUCUGGACCCGAAGGUGGAUCCAGAGGGUUUUGCCAUCCUGUUGGAGUUUAUGUACACCUCCCGUCUCACACUAAAGGAGAGUCUGAUCAUGGCUAUCAUGAAUACAGCCAUCUACCUGCAGAUGGACCAUGUUGUGGACACCUGCCACAGAUUCAUCAAAUCCAGUGAUCCGUCUGCCAAGUUGCCCAGAGAUGAGUUUUUGGUCAGUCCCCUGGUUUUACCUCAGGAUGUCCACGCUUACCGGCCCCAUGAUGUUGUUGACAGUUUGCACAGCCGCGUGGCUCCGUUCAGGGAUGGGAGGCCCUACGGCUCCAACAUGUUCAGCGGGGUCAGCACCCCCAGCAACUACCAUCUCUAUGGGCAGUUUCCCAUGCCAGGAUUCCCUUUCCCUCUCUGCAAGCUGACUGAUACCAAAAACGCUUUUGCUGACCUCUCAAAGAGUGGUAUCCACCACAAGCAUUGUUCUCCACAUGACAGCAGCAGUAGCAUCAGGGCAGAGUACAGCAGGGCAGUCGGCACCAGCUCCUCCAGUAUUAUUCACUCCACCACGUACGCUUCCAGGGAGGUGGGCAGAGAUGAUGAGAUGAGGAAGGAAAACCACGAGGGGGUCAGCCAGUCCAUCGGUCUCAGCACAAGGAAGCGAGCGUUUCCCGUGUUGACCCUUGAGCACCAGAAGGACUUGGGCAAAGAGCACGCUCCGCAGGCGGAGGAAGACCUGAUCCAUCAGCACUAUCCCCUGGGUAUCUCCUCCGCCGGACGCAAGAGCCUCAUGAGCAGCCCGCAGAGCCCACUCAAAUCCGACUGCCAGCCCAACUCCCCGACCGAGUCCAGCAGCAGCAAGAAUGCCGGCCUCUCUCAAGCCGCCGGAGCGCAAGUCCCGCAAGGUACGCAGGACCCCAAAGCUCGCAACUGGAAGAAGUACAAAUUCAUCGUGCUGAAUCAGAGUGCGAAGGAGGAUGAGGUCGCACUGAGGGAUCCUGGGCUGCGCUCGCCUCAGAGGCUCAGCCUGCAACCCUACCUCCACCCCGGCGACUCGGAGAACCUCGACCCACAAACCACGAGCAAGAGCAGCGAACACAGCGAGGAUCUACCUGUGCCCCAGGCCAGUCGUCUCAACAAUAUCAUUAACAGUGCACUUGAGGGGUCACUGAGGAGCGCUGACGGCCACCCUCCACACUACCUGAACCGCCUCAACUGUUCGUCCUGCGGCUCUCAGUCCCCGCAACACUCUGAGGUUUGCCCCAACACCUCCAGGUCCCGUCUCUCAGAGGACAUGGCAGAGUUUCAUUCAGAAUAUUCAGACUCCAGUUGUGAAAACGGUACGUUCUUCUGUAAUGAAUGUGACUCCAAGUUUGCUGAGGACGAAGCUCUGAAACAACACAUGCUUCAAGUGCACAGCGACAAGCCAUACAAGUGUGACCGCUGUCAGGCUGCUUUCCGCUACAAAGGCAACCUCGCCAGCCACAAGACUGUCCACACAGGGGAGAAACCGUAUCGCUGUAAUAUCUGUGGUGCUCAGUUUAACCGACCAGCUAACCUCAAGACUCACACUCGCAUCCACUCAGGAGAGAAGCCAUACAAAUGUGAGACGUGUGGAGCUCGUUUUGUACAGGUUGCUCAUCUUCGUGCCCACGUGUUGAUCCACACGGGGGAGAAACCAUAUCCCUGUGAGAUCUGUGGAACUCGCUUCCGUCACCUGCAGACAUUAAAGAGUCACCUGCGCAUUCACACAGGAGAAAAGCCCUACCAUUGUGAAAAAUGCAACUUGCACUUCCGCCACAAGAGUCAGCUCCGGUUGCAUCUGCGACAGAAGCACGGCGCCAUCACCAACACAAAGAUCCAGUACCGUAUGUCCACGGCAGACAUGCCCACUGACUUGACAAAGGCAUGCUGAACUAAAUGAAGGAGACAGUUUUAAUGGAGGCAAUCUUGACCUUGGCAUUUAUAGACCCCAACUUGUACAAUCAUCCAAAAUUGUAGUGCCACACUGUGUUCAUUAGACAAAUAAAUUGGCUGUGUAUGCCAUUCUAAACGGGUUUCCACUACAUGUGAACGUAGAGCCACAUAUGGCAUCUUAGUCACUUUAUUGUUUCUAUAUAGAUAUAAAUAUAUAUAUAUAUAUAUGUAUGUUGGGAGUGUUUUUAAGCUUUGAAGGUACGUAUAUAAAGCUUUAUUUUGUUGAGAAGGAUGGAAUGUAAACAAUCUGUUUUUUGAAAAUACAGUAUUUUAUAUCAGAGAACUUACUUUUCUGAAAGUAUUGAAAAUUUUGAUUGACGGGUGGUACAUAUAUUUUAAGAUAACGGGAUUUCCGGCUGUAUAGAGUCGUCUAUACAUUUUUAUGUAGAUGUACGUACAUGUUGCACCAUGUCAAGUUGCCAUAUUCACGCAAAAGGGAAGAAAGGAAAAAAAGAAAAAGAAAAAAAAACGGAAAAAAAACAUGACGUAAUAAUUGGAUUUAGUCUAAAACAUAUCAGAUGACUGCUGCUGUCUGAUGAGGAUAUGCAUGAGGUACUCUCUUACUGGUUGUCAGCAUACACAAAGUGGGCAACUGCAUAAAUAUUGUGACAUAUUGUGUAAUUAUAUCUGUGGGAUUGCUCUCUGCUGGCAGAGCCAAUCCAAGUGUUGAACUGCAUUUCAAGGUACUGCUUUGUAAUGACCAAGAAAACAUUUUUGCUUCAGAUGUAUUUGUAUAGAUGUGACUUUUGUUAAUUUGUUUUCCAGAAGUGAAGGUUUACAGUUUUGCUCAUUGUUCUAGAUCCUACAGUAAAAGUUGUGUAAAUGUCAAGGUUUUUGUUUGUAGAUACACUGUGUAUUCAAUGUGCCUUUCUCUAUGGUGACUGAAUUCCUCUCCAUUCAGCCCAGCUCUAUUAAGGUACAACUCAAGGACACCACUUGUCCUAGAUCCCUCUGUGUGUGUGAGUGUGUGUGUCUGAGAGUGUGUGUAUAUAUUUUUAAAUGCUCGUCACCAACCUUAGAACAUGCAAAAUUCAUCAAUGUAAAUCUUCAGGACUUGUUUUUGGAUUGGGCUUUUUUAACUGCAUUAAAAUUAUUGUACAACGUUAUAGAUGUAUGAAUGUAAAAUAAAGGUAUUGGAUUUCUAUGUAUUAA